AUGCAAUCUCAUCCGUCCAUUUCCGCAGGAAUCUCGUACCUGUCCUACGAGCAAGAGGAAGCCGCAUGGAAUUUUCUCGAGAUCCCUCCCCCAUCAGCAACAGCCACCAAUGUAACCGUAGGCCCCAGCCAAAAAGGAGCUGCUGACGUGGCACAGCCCACCAAUCACACGCAAUUCAGCACAAGCACCAGCAGCACAAGCAGGUACAGCUGGCGGGACAGCAGCGACAGGAGCGACCCGUCAAGCCCGCCAUUCCCCGGCGUGCAGUUUGCAGUGAAGAGCCUGGCCCGCGUUGACCUGUGGCUCGCGCAACUCAGAGCAGCAGCACAGGAGGUGGAGCAGGAGCAGCAGGAGGAGCAGCCUUUGGCAAAGGGCGUUGCGAGUAGUGUGCUUGGGGAGGGUCCAGAGGGAUUUUCACGGGAGGCUGCGGUAAGGGGUGUGGGAGGGGACGGGAGCAGCAGCAGCAGUGGUUUACAGCCUGCGUUAGCAGCAGUGGUUGGGAAGAGGCCGUGGCUCUCUCUCCGAAUAAAUGAUGCCUUCAACUGUCUCGCUGCCGACCAGGCAAUUCGUCAUAAGCACCCCUAUCUGGCGUCGCAUGAGGAGCGGAUUGGUGCGUACAAGAAAGUUCGGCUCUUCCUGUGCAAAUCAAAAGAGGAGGCUGAGAGGGUGCAGCUGGAGCUGUGGCAGGCUGGCAGCAGCAGCAGUGGUGCGCAGAGCAGUAGGGAAGCGGCUACUGGAGUUGCAGCAGGCGGGAGCAGCAGCAGUGGUGCGCAGAGCAGUGAAGGUGAAGCGAGUGGUGGACGCCUUUGCUGGCUCUACCAUGCAAGGAAGCGGCUACUGGAGCUGCGGCAGGCGGGAGCAGCAGCAGUGGUGCGCAGAGCAGUGGGGGUGCGGCGAGUGGUGGAUGCCUUGUCUCUGGCGUGCCAGGAUAAGCCGCUUGUGGCGCACUCCUGCUUCCUUGGGGGCGCCUUCCGUUGCGCGCAACACAUCACGCGCUGGAAAGGGCUGAAACGGAAGGACGUCCGUCUUUGCAAGGCGCCUAUCCCUUCUGCUGACCGCGGCGCCGUCCGCGAAUUGUACAAAGGCAAACACGCCCGCAGGGAAGGGAAGAAGAAGGCGGAGGAGAUGGCGAUCGAGGCGUGUGCGGGUGGAGCGAAGAAGCAGUGCAUCGAAGACUUCUACGGGGAAGGGGCGUCGUACGCUGCGUCCAGACGCUGCGUCCAGACGCAGGACGCAGCGUCCUCUGAGCGUCUUUCGCAUCAUAGAUUGGCAGACGACGCCAUCUGCCUCAUGUGGGCGGCGCUUCACCUCCCGGAGCAUCUCGCCGAUCACCCUCUCUGGCGCAACACUGUGCGCUGCAUCACGGACGCGGGCCAUGGCUACGUUCCCCCGAAGCGGCGGUAUGUUGGUGGCGCCGGCCUUGCGCGCUGCCGCGAAAAGAUCGAGAGGGGGCUCGCUCCCAUCAUUGCGAGCUGGAAGCGGGAUGGCGUGACGAUAGGCUCGGACAUGAUGACGGACAAAAGUGGUCGUCCCCAAGCCAACAUCCUGCUCAUCAACGAUUCCAGUGCAGUGUUCACCGAAAGCAUCGACUGUAAGUUGGAGACGAAGACGGGAGGUUACAUUGCAUCCGUUUUGCGCCCGAUCAUUGAGAAGGUGGGGCCCGACAACAUAGUUGCGUUAUGCAUGGAUGGGGGCAGCAAUUAUGCGGCUGCAUGUAGGGAACUCAUGCUUGAGUAUCCUCACAUUGAGCAUGUGCCGUGCGCUACUCACGUCAUGGAUCUGCUUAUGGAGGACAUUGGGAAAAUGGAUUGGGCGAAGAACAUUGUGGCUAAGGCGGGGGUGAUUAUUACAUUUGUGCGUGCCCACCAUUUCACCAAAGGCUUGGGCGAAGGGGUGAACCCGCCGGUCGAGCCCUUCGCAACCAUGAUCAUGGAUGCCGUGUGGUGGAAAGGUGCGGAGUUCUUCAUCGCCCUCCUGAAGAUCCCCUUUGUCGUCAUGCGCAAGACCGACUCGAUGGCCAAGGGCAUGAUGGGCAGGAUGUACGAUCUGAUGCUGCAGCUCACGGAAGACAUCACUGCGAAGCUGGAGGAGGAGGAGGCGGGAUUGGUGCUGUCCAGCAGUGAACGCACGGAGGUGACCAACAUCGUCCAAAAGCGCUGGGACCAUAGCAUGGCGUGUGCCAUGCACGUGGUUGGCCAGAUCCUCAACCCGGUCAACCAAGAGGAAGGCAUCUUCCGCACCGACCUGGAGUGUACUCGCGUCUUCAAAGCGUUUGUCGCUCGUCACUACGCAGGGCGAACCGUCACGCGCAAGGAGGGCGAGGAGCUGCGCGCAUCCCACGUCAUCCAGGACGGCCUGACGGCAUUCAACACCCUUCAGGGGAGCUUCGGCCUACCCGACGCCAUCUCUGACCUUGAGCUCGUGAAGGCCGGUAAGAAGACGGCCGUCCAGUGGUGGACGUGGCACGGGACGGAGCACCCCGAGCUGACAACGCUCGCUUGCCGCGUUCUCUCUCAGCCAGUGUCCGCAUCGGCGUGUGAGAGGAACUGGGCAGUGUGGGAAUCGAUCCACACUGCCAAGCGCAACAGGUUGGGGUCCGAGAAGUGUCGGGACCUCGCGUAUGUUGCGCACAAUUGGAACAUUGUGCGCAACUGGCACAAGGGGGCUGAGGGGGUGACGGUUCUCCCGGGGAACAUCCCUGAGGCCUCCCUGCCGGAAGGGUACAACGAGGUUCUGGAGGAGGAUGAGGAGGAGGGGGAGGAGGAUGAGCUGGAGGAUAAGUACAAGCGAGUGGUGGAGUGCCCUAUGGGUGAGGCGAGUGGUGGAGUGCCCUAUGGUGCCCUAUGGGUGAGGCGAGUGGUGGAGUGCCCUAUGGGUGAGGCGAGUGGUGGAGUGCCCUAUGGGCGAGUGGUGGAGUGCCCUAUGGGUGAGGCGAGUGGUGGAGUGGACGCCCAUGUUCUGACGUUUCAGGGAACACAGCGCGUGGUGCACUCUUGCUUCCUUGACCUCGCUCACAUUCUGCACAAGUUUGUGGGCCAUGUGCCGCCCUCCCCGUCGCUCUUCUCUCGCGAAGUCUGCCGGCUCUUCCCUGCUCUCUUUGACACCAGUUGCCUUGCUGCUGCCUCGCUUCUAGCACAGUUCUGUCUCUCUCACUCCCUCUCAACCGUCAGAUAUUCCUCAUCCAACGGCCAGGAUCCAAGGCACGAGGCAGCAUACGAUGCGUUCAUGACUGGAGUGGUGUUCGCACAAGCCUGCCACCGCCUCGGUCUCCCCCCCCACUGCCUCUCCUCCCUCCCCUUCGCCUUGGGUCUCACUGUUUCUUCCCCCCUAUCCCGUCCCCCACCAACUCCCAAAUCCCCUCCACCCAUCUCGACCGUCAGAUAUUCCGCAUCCAACGGCCAGGAUCCGAGGCACGAGGCAGCAUACGAUGCGUUCAUGACAGGAGUGGUGUUCGCCCAAGCCUGCCACCGCCUUGGACUCUCCCCCCACCGCCUCUCCUCCCUCCCCCCUGCCGCUUCUGCUGCUGCUGCCGCUGCAAGGGAGGAGGCAGGGAGGUGGAGAGAGGAGAGGAGAGGGAGACGGGGAGAAGGAGAAGGGGAGGGAGACGGGGUGGGGAGAGGUGAGUUUGGGAGAGAGGGGGAAGGGAGGAGAUGGGUGGUGGAGAGGUGGAGGCGAGGAGAGGGGGUUGUCAGUGGUGGGAGGAUAGGGACUGACAGGGAGCACAGUGAAGAGAGCAGCGAUGGAAGCGCAGUCGUGGCAGAAACGCCUACAGUCUCAGCACAAGCAUCAGGGCGAGCAGCAUCAGAAUCAGAACAAUCAGCAGCAGCAUCGGAAUCAGCACAUUUAGCUGCAGAAACAGCAGUGGCUGGCCUAUCCAACAUCACGACGCUCAUAGGCAAGGGUGCACGGGACAUCCACCUGGACCUCGCCACGGGGCACACUGCCAUUGGCUCCCGUGCUGCCCCCCUCCUCCCCUCCCCUGAUACUCUCUCGCUUGGAACCUCAUAUUCCUCCUCCUUCUCCCCCAUUAGGCACACCACCACCAGCAGCAGCAGCACCAGUGGCAGCAGCAGCAGUGACAGGGAAGAGGAGGAUCGUUCCAACGUGCUCUUCCUGUGGGGCCUACCCCCCUCCCUCCCCCACCAGCGUCUGCGCUUCCUCCUGCGGGGGGCCCUGGGCCGUAACACUCCCUUGGAGCUCGAACCAGUUGAUAGUGGCGCUGCUUUGGUGCGGUUUGGGAGUGGCAAGCAGAGGGACGUGGAAAAUCUGGGUAAGGUGAUGGAGAGUUUGGGGCGAGCACUUUUGGGAGGAGCGGGGAAUGGGAGAGGUGGUGGUGGUGGUGGUGGCGGCGGCGGCAGUGGCGGCGGUGGUGGUGGUGGGAGGAUGGGAGCUGGAGGGGAGAGAUUGGGAGAGAGGGAAGUGGUUGCGAGGGAAAUGGUUUCGCUUGGGAUGCGUGCCGCCCCGUUCUCUGCGUUUGUCACCUUGUGCGAGUCUACUGUUCCGUUUUUGUCCGCCAGUGAGGGCGCGGAUGUGCUCAGGUUGGAGGAGUAUCUUGUGUCUGCCACCCAGAGAUCCCCGACUAGUGCACCUGCUGCCAAAACUAGCCGACCCAGCAGGAAAGAAGGGCAAGGAGCAAGAGAGGUCAAGAUGGCUGUAGGCGAUAGUGCUAUUUGUGCCAAGGUGUUGGGACUCACGCCUGUCAAAUCCGUCCCGACGGUCGCCGCUAAAGAAAGCGCUCUCCCAUUAUUCAAUGGACUCAAGGCUUCUAAAACGAGCAAGUCUGCCGCGAAGCAGAAGCUCAAGGGUACCGCUAGGGCUGCUCCUGUGCCUGCAUCGCGUCCCUCUACCGCGGUUCGCGCCGCUAUUGCCGAGGACAUCAACACGGACUUUGAGGUGGCCGACAUGACCAUGCCGCAGGGCGGCAGCUGGUCCGUGCACAAGUUCGGCGGCACGUGCGUGGGAUCCGCCGAGCGAAUCCUCAACGUCGCACGCAUCGUCGCCAGCGACCCCGCGGAGCGUCGCUUCGUCGUCGUGUCGGCCAUGGGCGGCACUCCCAAGGUCACCAACAUUCUGUACUCGUUAUUGGACAAGGCGGCCGCGAAAGACUCGAGCGGGUGGGCGGAGCUUAUAGCGCAGCUGCGCGAGAAGCACCGCGCGGCAGCGGCGGAGCUGCUGGGGGAGGAGGACGAGGAGACGAAGAAGAUCCUGGAGCGCAUCGACGAGGACCUGAUCAACCUUAAAGCCAUGCUCAAAGCCAUCUCCAUCGCGGGGACCUCGACGGAGAUCUUCACGGACUUCAUCGUGGGGCACGGCGAGCUCUGGUCCGCCAUGAUCCUCACCGCCACGCUGCAGAAGGUGACGGGCAAGAAGGUGGCGUUCAUGGAUGCGCGCGACGUGCUCGUGGUGCACCCAGCAGAGGGCGGCAAUCAGGUGGACCCCAACUACGAGCGCUGUGAGGAGAACCUGCACGCGUGGUACGCUGCCAGGGGCGAUGACGGGCACUACGAGGGCGGGGGCCCGGACCUGGUGGUGGCGACGGGGUUCAUUGCGCGCACCGAGGACGGCGUGCCCACCACGCUCAAGAGGGACGGCAGUGACCUGUCUGCGGCCAUCUUUGGGUCGCUGCUGCGCGCUGGGAGAGUGAUCAUCUGGACGGACGUGGAUGGUGUGUACUCCGCUGACCCCCGGAAAGUGCCUGAUGCUGUGAUUCUCAAGAACCUCUCCUACCAAGAGGCGUGGGAGCUGUCUUAUUUUGGAGCCAACGUCCUCCACCCGCGCACCACCCUGCCGGUGAUGAAGUACGCCAUCCCCAUGUUCAUCCGCAACGCCUUCAACCCCACGGCGCCCGGCACGCGCAUCGGCCGCUCCCAUGACGCCUUCUCGGACGAGGAGCACGAGGCGGCGCACAACGAGCUGCUGGAGGAGGGGACAGAUCCGCUUGACGCAGUCGUCAAGGGCUUCGCUACCAUUGAGAACGUGGCGCUCGUCAACGUGGCUGG